GGUCAUUUCUAACUUGGAAAAAGAAACCCAAUCCACGAAAUAGGUGAUGGGUUGAUUGAAGCAACUCAGAAAUUCACCAAACAAAUCUUCAACGCCAUGUCUGUGGAAGCUCCGUUGCUUCAGAAUUCAGCCAUUGGGCCGCCUCUCAACCGCCAUUUUCGCACCUCCCUUCCCGAUCUUCCAUUUCUUUCCCGUCCUCGAAACGUGAAACCAGCCCAUUUCCGUACUCUCUCGCUGCCCAGCAGCCGGCGAGCUGUCUGUCGUCGGCCUGCCCUUUCGCCGGCGGCGGCGCAGUCGGAAUCUCCGGUGAGAAUCGCGGCCAUUGUUGGCGAAGGAAGUGUUAGCCCCCUGAAAUGCACCCCUUGGGAAGAAGUUAUGCUUCAUACAGCAAAACGACUAAAAUGGGUCGACGAAGGCUACGAAAUGCACGUCUUUACCGAUAGUUUCUGUAAUGCAACUCCUAAAGAUACUUCAACCAUUCAAAUGGUAUGCAAUGCAGAUAUCUUGGUCGUUGUUGCUGUCAUGAGUCAAGAUUCAGUCGUAUGGAUACGAGCAAACUGUGGGAACAUCCAAAACAUAAUUUGCUUUGAAUCUUCAACAGAGUUGGUUAACAAAUUAGGGGGAUUAGCUUAUGCUUCCAGUGAAACCAGAGGCAAUGUCCUGGGGAACAUUUUUGGAAAUUCUCAGUUGGAGAAAAGAAAGAAAUCUGAGGAAGUAGUGCAGACCGUAUUUGAGGCGUGGGAUCGUCGUAAUUCCGACGAUAUAAGGUUCUGUUUGUUGGUUAUAAUCAAUGCAUAUAUAAAGCCUGUUCCUAUAUUGAAGAAUCUAAGAUCAAAAGGCUUUUCUACUCUGAACUGUAUGGUGAAGAAUUGUGGAAGGCAAAUAUUGAAUUGCCUCAUGGAUCCUAAUUGUAGGAAAGCUCUUCAAUGCUUGAAUCAGUGCAGCCCUGUGGAUCAGGUAUGCAACUACAGGUGCAUUGCUUCAUAUGAAAGCCCAAAUCUUGAAGCAUUUUCUUUAUGUGUGCUGCAAAAGAACAAUUGUCUUGAUUUGGAUGCAAAAGUUCCCGAGAAGCCUUGCGUGCCUCCGAUGGCGAGGUUUCGAGGGAACAACCUCUGCCACGAGACUGCAGAGGAUCUUUUCGUUGGUUGGUUACGGAGUUUGAACUGGAGUUGGCGCGUCGUGGCUGGCCAAAACCCUGCUUAUGAUCAAUUUCCAUGCCAAUACCAACUCUUUUACCGGGGCAAAGCGAGAGGAUCGUUUUGGUACGAGCCCGUCUUCAUGGUAAAAACGUUGGAAGGAACGAUGGUGUGGAGACGGCGAAGGUAUCGGGUAAAGAGGGGCAGAACUCCAGGUACAUUCUUCUUCAGUGUCUUGGAUAACGGUGUUGUUUCGAAGGAGUUCUGGAGCAUUGUCGACGUAUCCGAUGAUCUUUCUUGGGGCUUGUUUCACUACCACGGCGCUGCUCGAGCUGCAGGACAGUCGUAUACGGGCGCGGUUCUUGUUAGUCCAGAUGGUGCAUACCCUGAUAAGGAUCAUGAAAAAGAGAGAGUUGUUGCUGCUUUGGAGAAAUGUGGAAUUAAAGAGUGGGAACUUUUCACAGUUGAUAACUGCUCAUGUAGAGAUCCUCCUCUUGGAAUUCCAGAUGGUUCAAGUUUGCAUUCCAUAAUUGAAGUUGAAUAAAAAACACAGAUUUUGUGAAGGCUUUGCUAUUUGGCAGCAAAAUCUGCUGAAGAAAUUAUUGUGAAUAUGUGAUUUAAAGAUGUAUAGUGAUGGAGGAAAAUUCUAUGAACUUCUUUACCCUUUUUGGAGUAUGGAAAAUUUAAUAAAUUUUAGCAUGGUAAA